UUCGGUGUUGAUACAGAUAUAUUGCCAGUGUCGGUGAUAGAGGGAGAUUCAGUCACUCUAUACACUGAUAUUGAAACAAUCCAACAAGAAGAGAUUAUAUGGUAUUUUAAUGAUAUUCCCAUUGCUGACAUCACUGGAGAUCAGAGUAUGAACUGUACAGAUGUUCAGUGUAAUAAUGGUGCAGAGAGAUUCAGAGGCAGACUGAAGCUGGAUCAUCAGACUGGAUCUCUGACCAUCACAAACAUCAACACCACAGACUCUGGACUCUAUACACUACAGAUCAACAGCAGCAGCGAGAGUCUUGUUCAGCUCUUCAGUGUUUCUGUCUAUUAUGCUCCUGAACGAGAUAAACUGAAGACAAAGUCAGUGAAGGAGGGAGACACUGUUAUUUUAGAUCCUGGUGUAGUGAAAACCACAAAUUAUUUGAUGAAAUGGAUUUUUAAUGACAUUCGCAUUGCUGAAAUCAAUGGAGAUCUUAGUUUUAUUUGUACAGAUGUUCAGUGUUUAUAUGCUGAUGUCAGAUUCAGAGGCAGACUGAAGCUGAAUCAUAUGACUGGAUCUCUGACCAUCAUGAACACCAGAACCACAGACUCUGGACACUAUUAUCUACUGAUAACCACCAUCAGAUCCAGCAUCGUAAAGAGCUUUAGUGUUAAUGUCACUGGUUAUGCUGAUGCAGAGAAAGUGUCAGUGGUGUCAGUGAUGGAGGGGGAUUCAGUCACUCUAUACAGUGAUGUUGAAACAAACCAACAAGAAGAGAUUAGAUGGUAUUUUCAUGACAUCCGCAUUGCCCAAACCACUGGAGAUCUCUGUUUUAUCUGUACAGAUGUUCAGUGUAAAUAUAGUGAUGAGAGAUUCAGAGACAGACUGACGCUGGAUCAUCAGACUGGAUCUCUGACCAUCAUGAACAUCAGAACCACAGACUCUGGACUUUAUAAUAAUCAAGUCAUCAGCGGCAGCAGCCUCAGUCACAAGAUGUUCAGUGUUACUGUCUGUGAUGUUCCUGCUGCUGAACGAGAUGAAUUGAAGAGAAAGUCAGCGAAGGAGGGAGAAUCUGUCACUUUAUACACUGGAAUGAUAAAAAACCCAAAUGAUUUAAUGAUGUGGUAUUUUAAUGACACUCGCAUUGCUGAAAUCAUUGGCGAACCCAGUAAGAUCUGUACAGAUGAUCAGUGUAAAGAGAGAUUCAGAGACAGACUGAAGCUGGAUCAUCAGACUGGAUCUCUGACCAUCAGAGACAUCAGAACCACAGACUCUGGACUUUAUAAUAAUCAAGUCAUCAGCGGCAGCAGCCUCAGUCACAAGAUGUUCAGUGUUACUGUCUGUGAUGUUCCUGCUGCUGAACGAGAUGAAUUGAAGAGAAAGUCAGCGAAGGAGGGAGAAUCUGUCACUUUAUACACUGGAAUGAUAAAAAAACCCAAAUGA